CGUGGUUAGGAUCGUUAGGAUGUUAGGAUUGUGUGGCAUUUUGCUUGGCGUUGGUGGUGUUCGUUCGGGCAAGAUGAGAAAUAGUUAGUACUCUUAUUUACUAAUGGCGUUGAAUCUUGGUCUCUGUUGCAACGUAUUUGUCGGUUAGGUAUGACAGUGAUUUCAUGUUUCGUUCUUACACAUUAAUGCCAGUCUAGUAAAAUGAAGGGGUUUCGCAUCGAAUGCAGGCCCAUCUACAUGUGGAUGUGUGAACUUGUGUGACAAGUCUCGAGGAUCUCGAGUAUUCGUUUCUGCUGAUUCAGGUUAAUGUUUUUCGAGUUGAAAUUUUGUUAAUGGUUUAUACGGUUUAUAUCGUGUUUAGAAGCAGUGGCAGUGGGGGAAGAGUAUAUGCACAAGUUUCGUACCAGAUAUGUGAAUAAUUGUGCAGGAAAAUGUUUAUUAAUGAGUAGUGAUGUUUACAUUAUGUAACUGAACAUAUACAUUAAAUAAAUUUAUAAUUCGAAAUUACAGAAAUUACAGAAGUAUGGCAGGCAGAGGAAGAAAAUGUCCCCAUAUCAUUAGCAUUUCAGAUAUCAACCAGGCUGAUGUUGAGAAUGCCAAAGAGGUAUCACGCUGUUCAGAGUGUGAUUCUUCGGGCCCCAAUCUGUGGCUUUGUCUGCACCGCGGAUGCUAUAAGGUUGGCUGUGGAGAGGCACAUAAUGAUCAUAGCACCUUGCAUAACAAGAGUUGUUACAACCACUACAUUCAACUGAACUUGUCUACAAACCGAUUAUGGUGUUAUCAGUGUGAGAAUGAGGUAUUCUUGGAGAAUGGAAUGAGCCAUAUUCGCUCCAGUAGUUGUGUCAUGAGUCCUGUGUUGACACGCUACAAUUCUCAGACAAUUGGACCUACAGCUGAUUCUGGUGACAGCAGUGACAGUGAAGAUAGUCAUGAUGACAAUGGAAAACCAAGAGGUCUUACAGGAUUGCAGAAUAUAGGCAAUACUUGCUACAUGAAUUCGGCACUUCAGGCACUGUCCAACACUCCACCAUUGACACAGUUCUUCUUAGAUUGUGGUGCUGCUCUAGUUGCUGCCAACUGUGGUGAAAAGAAGCCUGGACUGUCUAGGAGUUACCAUAGGCUGGUGCAAGAGAUGUGGCAUCGCAAACGUCCUGGAUAUGUGGUUCCCUCAGGAAUCCUGUAUGGCAUACGUAGUGUUCAACCAAUGUUCCGGGGCUAUCAGCAGCAUGACACACAGGAAUUUUUGCGCUGUUUUAUGGAUCAGUUGCAUGGAGAAUUGAAGGAACCUUUGCCAGAAUCUUCUGCUUCAAAUGUGUCUACUGCUGGAACAGGUUCAGAGAAGUCUUCUCAGAAUGCAGGUGGAAAGUUACUGGGUUCUGGUUCCUUGGAGGAAAUUUCAGAUGAAGAUGAUGAUCAGGAUGAUGAAAGAGGUGACAGUGGAGGGGGAGGUGGUGUAUCCAGUCAAUCAGAGGGUGAAUAUGAGACCUGUGAUUCAGGUGUUAGUGAACGGAGUUCAUUGAGUGAUGAGGGUGAACGUGGUGGCAGCAGCGGAAGUAGAAGUGCAAGUAAACGCAAGCUAUCACGGUCACCGUCACCACCACCAGAACGUUUACGAUCAAAACUAACCGCAUCUGGCUCCAAGAACUCCCACACAAACUCUGGAAAUACAUCCUCAUCUCAUGCUGUUGCCUCUGUUGGAACUCCUGUGGGUUGUUCUGGUACAGCAAAUUUCAGUCCAGUCACAGUUCCUGGCUCUCCUCAGAGGGGAAUGUCAAGAGGAAAGAAGGCUGCAGUAAAACAUCGUUCCAUCAUAUCAGAUGUGUUUGAUGGCAAGCUGCUGAGCUCUGUACAGUGCCUUACAUGUGACAGGAUCUCAACACGUGUGGAAACAUUCCAGGACUUAUCAUUACCAAUUCCAAGCAGGGAUCAUGUUCACAUGCUUCACCAAGGUACACUGACUCCUCAGCAGAAAGGAGGUCUUUCUGCUUGUUCAGAUGUAUAUUCUGGAGACCAGGGAUGGGUGACAUGGUUAUUGGAGUGGAUCCGUAGUUGGUUCUGGGGUCCCACAGUCAGUCUGCAUGAUUGUUUGGCUGCUUUUUUCUCGGCAGAUGAACUUAAAGGAGAUAACAUGUACAGUUGUGAAAAAUGUAACAAGCUAAGAAAUGGAGUGAAGUACUCAAAAGUAUUGGAGCUCCCGGAAGUAUUGUGCAUUCAUUUAAAGAGGUUCCGUCACGAAUUGAUGUUUAGCGCUAAGAUCUCAAAUUACGUGGCUUUUCCUUUGGAAGGACUUGACAUGCGGCCAUAUUUACAUAAAGAUUGUGUUUCACAAGUUACAAGCUAUGAUCUGGUGUCUGUAAUCUGUCAUCAUGGGACAGCAGGUGGUGGCCACUACACCUGUUACUCGUUGAACUGUAUAUCAGAGCAGUGGUAUGAGUUUGAUGACCAGUAUGUCACCCAGGUCCCACCUGAGACUGUCCAAAAUUGUGAAGCUUAUGUCCUCUUCUACAAGAAAUGCUGUGCUAGUGCUACCAGACUGCGGCAGAGAGCUGUGGAACUUAUGGAAUUGUCCCAUCAUGAGCCUAGCCUCAUGCAGUUUUAUGUAUCAAAGCAGUGGGUGAACAAGUUCAACACCUUUGCAGAACCUGGUCCCAUUGAUAACUCUGAUUUCUUAUGUAUCCAUGGAGGUGUUCAUCCAGCAAGAGAACCAUAUGUAAACCAGCUGUGUACCAUUCUCUCUCAAGCUGUAUGGGAAUACCUAUAUGAUACCUUUGGGGGUGGACCAGCUUGCAACCGUUUGUAUGCAUGCCCUACUUGUCAACAAGAGCAGGAAGCCUUGGCACAUAGAGUGAAACAUGAGCUUGAAGAAUUCAUACAACUGAACAAAGAAUUCCAACAAGCUGAAGAAAGUCCAGUUGUUAUAUAUGCAAUUGCCAUGAACUGGUUCCGUCAGUGGGAGAGUUUUGUCAAGGGAAAGGAAUCAGAGCCUCCUGGGCAAAUAGACAACUCUUCUAUUUGUUCUGUUACUAAAAAUGGACAGGUAGUUCUAAAGAUGGGUUCAGAUUAUGCUCAGCUGUCUCAAGAACUUUGGUCUUUCUUCCAUCGUGUCUAUGGUGGUGGGCCGGAAGUUGUCUUGAGACCACCAUGCCAAAGAACAGGCAAUAGUAUUGGCUGUAACAGUAGCAGUAACAUUUCACAACCUCCCCCAUUGUCAAGGACAGUGCCAGUACCUCCUGAAUCUCCACUUUGUAUGGCUCAUGCUCAAAAGGCACGUAGCGCAGAAAAUAUCACAAGUCAUGGUGGUACUUCAGGAAUGUCUGGAGGCACGGGAACCCUUGUUCGGCCAGCAGGAAGAGCCCAGAGUAUAAGUUCAGACAACAUAACUGUAAGAAUGGCUGCUCUUUCAGCAUCAGGGAACAAACAGUCAGUAAAUACUGAUUCCAAGGGUCUGGAAAAAGGUGACCCAAACACAUCUCUAUCUUCUGUGCCUGGUUAUUGUAAAGAUGAAGAGACACGAAUGGUAUCAGCAGUGGCACCACCGACGUCUAUACCAUCGUCAUUAGCUUCAGACCAGUGUGAAGUUAGUGGAAUUGUGGAUGCUGUCUUGAGAGGCCCCUGGUGUCCAUUAAACGAAAAAUAUGGUUCAUUAGGUGAACAGUGUCAAUGAAAUUGACUAAUUUAUCAGUUUAUAGAAGAGUGUUUAUUGAAAAUGGUUUUAGAGGAUUCUCUAUAUCAAGUGAAUGGAUUUCUUUACCGGCUCUCACAUUUUUCUCAAAGGACAUGUCACUUGUGAUUAAAACCCUGUAAUAGGUAAUUUUUUAUUUUGUUUUUACUGACUGAUAAUUAUUUGUUGUGCACAUGAAGUAGUGGGUAUCAAUUGAAUCAUGAAUACCUUGCAUUUUCAAUGAUCAGAAAAUGGGCAUUGAUGUUGCUGAACUAGAAACCUUGCCUUUAAAAGCAACUAUGCAGUUUCCACCAUCAGUUUUGAAGUUGUGAACUUAGUAUGAUUGCUUUGAACCAAGACUGUGUUUGUUAUGUGAGCAGUAGAACAUAAAUCCACCACUUUACUACAUCCCUACCUAAAUACCAAAUGAACAGUUGGCAUAAGUGCUUAACUUUUCCAUUGUUUUUUUACAUGGCUAUAAAAUGUAGUAAGUAUUGAGGUAAGUGAAACAUUGUAUCUAAAAUAAAUGGGCAGUUGGGGUAAUAUUAAUUAGAUAGAAAGUUGUGUUUGAUGUGUAUCAGUCUCUUGGCGCUUCUUGUUGGUUACAGAUCAUUUUGUAGUUUAUAUUUUUGUUCUCUCUUUCCUCCAGUAUUAUCCCAUCAUUACAUGCAAGAUAAGGGUUCAUGAUUCACUUGGGUCACACAUUUUAUGUAGUUAUAAUGUAUACCAAAGAUAUAUAUAGAUAGGUAGAUAUAUAUGUGAGUUUCAGUAAGAUGUAUACAGAUGUGUAUGGUCAAGCCACAGUUUUUAUGUAUUAAGUUUGUAAUAUGUAUUUACAUUUUUUAAGAGUCUGCUUUUCUGGCUAAGUACACCUGUGGAAACAUCCCUGUAAAACCUAGGAACAGUAAACUCCCCAUUAUAUGACGGGGAAUGGUGGUGGUUGAAUGAGAAGUUUGAAUGUUAGGAUGCUAUAGCUGGGAGUUUGCUAUACCUGUAAAUUUUCCAUGUCAUUCUGUUGUGCUUGGAGUCGGUGUUUUCAAUUUUCAGUGUCAUAAUAACAUACUCUUUAAGGAGUAUUAAUAUCAGUUUGUUAUAUUAUACCAAAAAGAAUGCAUUGACAUUCCAUUAAUUAAAUUUAAAUAGAUUUUGACAUUUUGCCUCAUACUGUGGAGACUGUAGGAAGAAAUGUUUAAUCCUCUUAGUAUUGUGUGCUAAUUCAAGUAUUGAUUUAUUCUUCUGUUAAUAAAAUUACGUGAAGUAUUUCAUGAGUGAAAGUCAGAUGUGGUGUACUUGAAACAGUGCAACAUUUUCAGUGAGCUUAACAUUUUGUAGAUAUAUUUAAACCAUCUCCUAUUUUAUUUUACUGCAGCUACUCUCAGCAGAAUUGAAUACAAUUAUUGUGGUGUCAUUGUAUACUACUGGUAUUUUGGCCAGUAUUGUAACAAACUGUUCGUAUAUUUGUUCAUCAGUGGCAAAAUUCCAGUUAUUUUUUUGAACCCCUUGUUCUGAAAAUAGGAAUGGUUUUAUUACACGAUAGAUGUACUUGUCCCUAGGUUUUUGGCACCUGUCUCUGAUGUGUAACCUCAAACUUUUGGGAUUUAGCUGCAUCAUAAGUUGACAUUGCUCUAACAUUGUGGCAUACAUUGUAGUAAAUAGAUAUGUAAAUCUUAACAGUGGGAGUACGGAUGGGCAAGAGAGCAUGAUGCAGUCCAGUGGGAAGAAGCCAUGUGGUUGAGAAUAGGAGAUGGAGGAAAAUAAAUGAAGUCAGGCUACAAUCAAUUUGUAUCUGUCAUGAUAAUUGACAUUGUGGUGGUAUUAACUUUUCCAGUGGCUUCCCAAAAUAUGGGGAAGGUACUGACUUCAGUAUAAUUGAGCCCUAGUAAAUAUCCAUACUUCCCAUCCCUACAUCAUUAGGAAUGCUAUCUGAAAAGUCAGAUGCUCCCAUAACUUGACCUAUGAAGAUGAAUAAAAGGUGAAUAAAGUCUCGAUUUACCACAUUUCCUCCAACCCUUCUUAACUGCGUUGAGCCUUCCCAUUCGGUAGCACCACACUGUACAUCUGUCUUACUCCCAUUGCAAGACCCUAUACACUAUAUCAGUUCACUUCCUCCCAUCUCAUGUUCACCGCAAAGAUGGUGUCUGCAAUGUAUGCCAAAACAUUGGAAUGGCUUCAACAUACAGCAGCUAAACAUUGAAUGCUGAAGUUACGCAUUACAGAACAUGAAUUUAAGUGGGAUGAUGUGAGUAACAACUCUGAGUUAAUUGUACCUGGUUGUUGAACUUUCAGUCAUCACUAAAAGUUAUUGGUCUGGUCUUUACAUUUAAAGUUGGAUAAAUGUAUCUAGUGUAAUUUGUGAAUUAUAAUCAUUCCAAACCUUCCAGUCUUAAUAUAACUGUUGCUUUUUUACUCAUUAUCCGUCAUCCUAUUUUUAAAUAAAAAACAGGAUGAUAGAUAAUGUCUAAAAAGCCAGUAAUUAUAUUAAUACGUAUAUUAUCAGAAACUUUAGACCUUAACUUCCAGGUCUUGCUAUGAAGAUCACUGAUACUAAUAGAUGAUUUGCUCUAAUUAGACAGAUAUUCCUAACCAUACACUUGUCCUGUUUCUGCUACCUGUGUACUGUACUGGAUCAAAAUUAUAUAUGUAGAUAUUUCUUUUGAAAUCACUGUACUCACCUCUUCUGUAAAAAUCCUUUCACUGUAACAGAUAGUUGGUUCAUUGGCACUGACAUGCUUCCUUCUUUUUAAAUCUUAAUUAUUAUGUUUGUUUUUUUCAUUCUUAAGAUUGUGGUUGCACAUAGUUGUGUGUUCAGCCACAGUGCUCCACCUGCUGGAAUGUCUGCUUUAGAAGUUUUAAUUUAAUUUAAUUUCAGUUCUACACACAUUUCAACAGAUUUCUGUAACUGUAAAGACCAAAAACAAUGUUGAAUAGACUAAGCAUUAGUUUUGGAUGUAUGAAUGAUGUAGAAGACGUUCUGUUAACUGAAACAGACAUAUUUGUUGUAUACCUGCCACGAUUUUAACAAUUAAUAGGCCAAAGCAAAGAAAUAUUAAUUUUAAGAUUUGUCCACAUGGAAGUGGCAUACCUCCACCAUCCAGAAAUUGUAAAUGCUGUAAUGGAAGACAAAAUCCUGCUGUGCUUGAGAGUUUAAAUAUCUGCAAGGCUUUAAAUAAUUUAUUGUGUUUGAAAUUGGAAACCUAUUUUUCUAUGUGAUGAACAGUUUUCUACCAAUAUAUCUGAACUUUGUAAAUUUUUAUUUUAACAUCUGUUGGUUCAUCAAAAAUUAGAGGACAAGCAAUAAAAAUAUGCUACAAGAAAGUC